AUGGGGACUUCUACCUCGAUACGUAUGCUGGAGCUGGUAACAGAGUAUCCAGCUACUGUCCUGGGUACAGUCUUUCUGCUAUACCUGAUCUCUCUCGCUGUCUACCGGCUGUUCCUACACCCUUUGGCGGGAUAUCCCGGGCGCAAGCUCGCCGCUCUUUCCGUCUGGUACGAGUUCUUCUACGAUGGCAUCCAGAAGGGACGGUAUACCUUUGAGAUUCAGCGCAUGCACGAAGAGUAUGGACCAAUUGUCCGUAUCAGCCCAGAUGAAUUGCAUGUCAACGACCCUGGGUUUAUCAGCGAACUGUAUGCUGGCCCUGGCAAACGACGCGACAAAUACCCCUAUUACAGCACUCAGUUUGGUCUUCGUGAUAGUGUAGGGGGUACUCCGGGACAUGACCUGCAUCGUUUGCGCCGCAGUGCUCUAAACCAAUUCUUCUCAAAGGCCGCCAUCGCAAAGCUAGAACCCAUGAUCCAGCGAAAAGUCGAGAAGCUAGCACACCAGUUUGAAAGGCAUGCAGAGACUCGAGGACCAAUCCCCCUGACCGUGGCUUUUAGCUGCAUGACAACCGACAUCGUUACCGAGUAUGCCUUUGCCAAUAGCUACGACUUCCUUGAUUCGCCCACCUUCGAGCCGAAUUUCCAUGAAGCCAUCUCUGCAGGGAGUCUUAUCGCGACCUGGCAGAAGCAGUUCCCGUGGCUGAUACCAGCAAUCAAUGCUGUACCACAAUGGAUAUUACGCAAAAUUAACUCGAAGGCUGCAGCAUACGCCAAGUGGCAGCAGGAUAUGCGCGUAGAGCUCGCUAAUGAAAAAUCUAAAAUUGCUGCCGGGGAGGUUCCGGACGGUGCAUCCCGUACCAUCUUUCGUGAACUCCUCACCGGUCCUUUGCCAGAACAGGAGAAACGGCUCGAACGGAUUUGGCAGGAAGGCCAACUCGUCGUCGGCGCAGGGACAGAGACCACUGCAUGGGCAUUGACAGCUACCCUCUUCUAUAUCCUUGACAACCCAGCUAUUGUCUCCAGGCUGCGACAGGAGUUAAACGAUGCCAUUCCCGAUCCAAACCAAAGCGUAAGUUGGACAGAACUGGAGAAUCUUCCUUAUUUAAACGCAGUGAUAUCCGAGGGCUUUCGUCUCUCCUACGGCUUAAGCACAAGAUUACAACGCAUCAACCCCAUUGGAACAAUGCAUUUCAAGGCGCCGAGAUAUGGAAGCCGAUAUUCUAGCACCGCGAAGACCACUGAAUGGGUGGAAUACGACAUUCCAAAGGGAACGCCGGUGGGAAUGACCUCGGCUUUGAUACAUGUCAAUCCCGACAUAUUCCCGGAUCCAUAUGCCUUCAACCCCGACAGGUGGCUCGAUGAGCAUGGAAAGCGCCAUAGGAGACUAGAUGAGUACCUGUUAAAUUUCUCAAAGGGUAGCCGGCAAUGCAUUGGUAUCAACCUAGCCCGUGCAGAAGUUUACAUGGGUAUUGGACUCUUGAUCAGGCGCCUUGGGGAUAGAAUGAAGCUGUUUGAGUGUACCAAGGAGGAUGUAGAGGUAUAUUACGAUCGAUUCGUGCCAACGCCGAAGAAUGGGUCGAAGCGCGUACGCGUAAUGGUCACGCCAAACUAA